AUGGAAAGCGAAAAUCGCGAGAAAGUUUAUACAUUUGUAACGUAUACAGCUGCGACGUUUUCGCUUAUCGCUAUUUUGGCAAUUUUUAUUACUUUACCGAUGGUAAAUAAUUACAUAAACAAUGUUAAUGCAAGAGCCCAGCAAGAAAUUGAAUUCUGCCAAAAUUCGGCGCGCGACAUUAUGAUGGAAGUUCAAGAGUACCGAGCAUCAUCACCUCAGCAGCGAGCCUUCGAACCCCUCUCUAGCAUUGCUGCAAAUUAUUCUCGUAUCAAAAGGCAAGCAUCCUGUGAAGGAUGUUGCCUACCCGGAUUACCAGGACCUGAUGGACCGCCUGGGAAGAAUGGCGUCCCCGGAAGACCUGAACCAACUCCACCGCCUUGUAAACCUUGUCCUCCUGGACAACCCGGAGCUCCUGGACCACCUGGCGAUCAAGGGCCACCAGGUCCGAUGGGCCAACUAGGUCGACCAGGCAACCAAGGACUUCCAGGAACGCCGGGCCCACCUGGACCCCCAGGACCGCCAGGGCAGCCUGGUCAUGAUGGUCCCAUUGGUGAAGCCGGAAAACCAGCUCCAAACACGCCCCCAACGCCUGGAGACCCUGGACCACCUGGACAAGACGGUGGAAUUGGAGAACCCGGAGACAUAGGGCCGCCUGGACCACCUGGCCAGCCAGGUAGACCAGGGGAGCGGGGACCACCUGGUCCACCCGGACACCCUGGAUCGCCUGGAGAAAUGGGUCCACCUGGCCAGCAAGGACAACCAGGACCAAGUGGUGAACCAGGAAUUUGUCCAAAAUAUUGUGCUCUCGAUGGUGGCGUAUUCUUUGAGGAUGAUAAAAUGAAUUCGUUGAAUAUGAAGAUUCGAUUCGCAAUACUCGCUGUCUUUAUAACACUGCCGAUGGUCAACAAUUACGUUAAUUCUAUUCAUAUGCGAAUACAAAAUGAAAUGGAAUUUUGCAAGCUGUCUGCUCGUGAUGUUAUGAUGGAAAUGAAUGAAUACAAAUCAUCUCCUCAAAGUAUCCAUGCAUUUGACCAGUUUUUAUCGAAGAAUAUCACCAAAGAACGCCUUAAAAGAGCAAUAGGUCAAUGUGAAGGUUGUUGUCUGCCAGGACUACCGGGACAAGAUGGCCCUCCUGGUAAAAACGGAAUUCCUGGUCGUCCGGGCGUCCCAGGCGCACAAGGAUUCCCAGGCAGGCCACCAGCAAUCUGCGAGAAAAUAACGGAACCACCAUGCACACCAUGCCCCCCUGGAGAACCAGGACCACAAGGGCCACCUGGAGAUGCAGGCAAUGCCGGUCCACCAGGCCAUCCAGGUCGAAAUGGAAAUGAUGGUUCCCCUGGUCCACAAGGUCCACCUGGUCCACCUGGACCUCCGGGCGAGAAAGGAAGAGAUGGUCCUCGCGGUGACCCGGGACGACCAGCUAUGUCGACAGCACCCAUCCCUGGGGAUCCUGGUACACCUGGAGAACAGGGUCCGCCAGGCUUACCUGGAGAGCCGGGAACUCCAGGACGUCCAGGACCGGAUGGUCCACCUGGUCAACAAGGACCACCCGGCCCUCCAGGCCCAGCUGGUCCACCUGGCGAUGACGGAGCACAGGGAGCACCAGGACAACCAGGUCCACAAGGUGAAAGAGGCAUAUGUCCGAAAUACUGUUCUUUGGAUGGUGGUGUUUUCUUCGAGGAUGGAACAAGACGUUAA